GCGGGCGCGAGCGAGUAGGGGCUCCGGGUGGGCGGCGGCAGCAGCGGCGCCCCGCGCAGGCUGGAGGCCGCCGAGGCUCGCCAUGCCGGGAGGACUUUAGCUCCCCCAUGGAGUCGGCCGACUUCUACGAGGCGGAGCCGCGGCCCCCGAUGAGCAGCCACCUCCAGAGCCCCCCGCACGCGCCCAGCAGCGCCGCUUUUGGCUUUCUCCGGGGCGCGGGCCCCGCGCAGCCCCCAGCCCCACCUGCCGCCCCGGAGCCGCUGGGCGGCAUCUGCGAACACGAGACGUCCAUCGACAUCAGCGCCUACAUCGACCCGGCCGCCUUCAACGACGAGUUCCUGGCCGACCUGUUCCAGCACAGCCGGCAGCAGGAGAAGGCCAAGGCGGCCGCGGCCCCCGCAGGAGGCGGCGGCGACUUUGACUACCCGGGCGCCCCCGUGGGCCCCGGCGGCGCCGUCAUGCCCGGAGGGGCGCACGGCCCCCCGCCGGGCUACGGCUGCUCGGCGGCCGGCUACCUGGACGGCAGGCUGGAACCCCUGUACGAGCGCGUCGGGGCGCCGGCUCUGCGGCCGCUGGUGAUCAAGCAGGAGCCGCGCGAGGAGGACGAGGCGAAGCAGCUGGCGCUGGCCGGCCUCUUUCCCUACCAGCCUCCGCCGCCGCCGCCACCACAGCACUCACACCCGCCGCCCGCUCACCUGGCCGCCCCGCACCUGCAGUUCCAGAUCGCGCACUGCGGCCAGACCACCAUGCACCUGCAGCCCGGCCACCCCACGCCGCCGCCCACGCCCGUGCCCAGCCCGCACCCAGCGCCCGCGCUCGGCGCCGCUGGCCUGCCAGGCCCCGGUGGCGCGCUCAAGGGGCUGGCCGUCGGGCACCCAGACAUCCGCGCGGGCGGCAGCGGCGGCGCGGGCAAAGGCAAGAAGUCCGUGGACAAGAACAGCAACGAGUACCGGGUGCGGCGCGAGCGCAACAACAUCGCGGUGCGCAAGAGCCGGGACAAGGCCAAGCAGCGCAACGUGGAGACGCAGCAGAAGGUGCUGGAGCUGACCAGUGACAAUGACCGCCUGCGCAAGCGGGUGGAACAACUGAGCCGCGAACUGGACACGCUGCGGGGCAUCUUCCGCCAGCUGCCCGAGAGCUCCCUGGUCAAGGCCAUGGGCAACUGCGCGUGAGGCGCGCGGCGGCGGGACCGCCCUGGGCCGGCCGCUGGCUGGGACCCAGGGAGUGGUUUCGGGUCGCCGGAUCUCAAGACUGCCCGAGCCGCGCAAGCCAGGACUAGGAGAUUCCGGUGCAGCCUGAGAGCCUGGCCUGCCGCGCGUGCCCCUGGCCUUCCUCUGCGCCCGACACGGUGCGUCUAAGAUGAGGGGUCAGACAGAGAGGAGAAGCGCCGUGGGGCAGAGCCGGGAGCCCGGCAACUCUAGUAUUAAAGGAAUAACCCUGUGCCUUGGAAACGCAAACUCACGGCUCCGAUUCCUACCGAGUAGGGGGAGCAAAUAUGUGCCUUGUCAUUUUAUUUGGAGGGUUCCUGGCCCCGCGAGAGAAGAAGGGGUGCAGGCCCCCCCCCACCCCCGGCAGGAGGAAGGUUCAGGGAGCAGAGAUCCCGAUAAGCCGGCCCCAGCCGCUCCUGAGCGCCUAUCCUUGGAGGGGAGGAAACACAGGGACUUGGGGCUUUGAACCUAAGGUUGUUCCCCUAGUUCUACAUGAAGGUGGAGGGUCCCUAGUUCCUUGCCUCUAAACUCCCAGCCUGCAACAGGCUGGGCUCUUCUGGGCAGAACUCACUGAGAUGGGCGUCACCAGGUGACCAGUGUGAGCCUCCGGCCCCCAGUCAGAUCAGAAAGCCAGGUCGUGGGUUAGGUAUGAGGACGUAUGUUCAUGGGUGGCCUGGUGGGAGAGGGGAACCUAGAGAUCUGGUCUGGGGGUUAGUAGCGGGGUGGUGAAGGGACACUGGGACCAUCAGCCUUGUCUGUACUGUAUGUCGCCAGCAUUGCCAUACAAACAUGAAGCACAAUCAGUCCAUCCCAGAGGGACCGAAGUUAUGAGAAGCUUUCCAAAUAUUUUGCUUUAUCAGCCGAUAUCAACACUUGUAUCUGGCCUCUCUGUGUCCCAGCGGUGCCUUGUGCAAUGUGAAUGUGCACGUCUAUGCUAAACCACCAUUUUAUUUGGUUUUUGUUUUGUUUUGGUUUUGCUCAGAUACUUGCCAAAAUGAGACUCUUCGUCAGCAGCUGCAGGGAGGGUCUGCGGCUCUCUUUCCUUUUGGUUUUGGGAUUGCUUUUGCUCCCAGGGGAACCGAAGAGGCGAGGUGGGCUUCCCCUUUCCCCUCAGCUUUCCCUGGGGGUAGCUGUGGGCCUCGGUCCCCUCCAGCCCGGGCUGCCCACAGCUUUGUCCCCCGCAGAGGCCCUGGCUCCCGGUCUGGAAGGGAGGCGGCCUCAGCCAGCACUCACAGAUCAGAUCGCUGGGCCUGGGAGCAGGGAAGGCUGGCUUGGUUCUCUUCUUUGGGGAGAACAUAGAGUUUCAUGCUAGAUGUUUUAUGUAUUAUAUCUAUAAUAUAAACAUAUCAAAGUCA